UAUAUAACCCUCUCCCUUCCAGAGUUUCACUCACUCACAUUUCCCUUUCUCUCUCUCUAUUUCUCAGCGCUCUUCGAUUUCAAAACCCUCCGGAGUCUCACAUCGACGGCCGUACCGUCUCCGAUCUCUCAGAGUUGAGGAUUUUCAAUGUCGGCUUUUAUGAAUCACAAUCCGAACAAUUCCUUUGAGGUCGCUCAGCCUCCAAGCGAUUCUGUUUCAAGCCUCAGUUUCAGUCCCAAAUCGAACCUUCUGGUCUCUACCUCCUGGGACAAUCAGGUGCGAUGCUGGGAUAUUCAAAGAAUUGGAACAAAUAUUGCUGCUGCGCCGAAGAGCUCCUUUUCGCAUGACCAUCCGGUUUUGUGCUCAACAUGGAAGGAUGAUGGGAUGGCUGUAUUCUCUGGAGGUUGUGACAGGCAAGUUAAGAUGUGGUCUCUAAUGUCUGGUGGCCAUACGAGUACUGUUGCCAUGCAUGAUGCACCCAUAAAAGAGAUUGCUUGGAUUCCCGAGAUGGCGCUCUUAGUCACAGGCAGCUGGGACAAGACUAUGAAGUACUGGGAUUUAAGGCAGCCAAAUCCAGUGCAUACCCAACAACUACCAGAACGCUGUUAUGCACUAACAGUGAAACACCCUCUAAUGGUUGUUGGAACAGCAGAUAGAAAUCUGAUCAUAUUUAACUUGCAGAGUCCACAGACUGAGUUCAAGAGAAUCAUUUCACCCCUGAAGUAUCAGACAAGGUGUGUUGCUGCAUUUCCUGAUAAGCAAGGUUUCUUGGUUGGUUCAAUUGAAGGGAGGGUUGGAGUGCAGCAUCUGGAUGAAGGACAAGAUAGUAAAAACUUUACCUUCAAAUGCCACAGAGAAAACAAUGCUCUUUACUCAGUCAACUCUAUAAACUUCCAUCCUGUGCAUCACACAUUUUCUACAGCUGGUUCUGAUGGUUCUAUCAGUUUUUGGGAUAAGGACAGCAAACAGAGACUCAAGGCCAUGCAAAGGUGCAAUCAACCCAUUCCUUGCAGUACUUUCAACAAUGAUGGUUCCAUAUAUGCGUACUCGGUUUGCUAUGACUGGCAUAAGGGAGCAGAAAAUCAUAAUCCUUCUACUUCAAAGACCUCCAUUUUCCUCCACUUGCCACAGGACGCUGAUGUUAAAAGCAAGCCAAGACCUGGUGGAAGAAGGUGAAGCUGGUUUUGAACAACUUGGUAGUGGUUGCAAUCCUAUGACCUCUUUGUAUAUGCAUGACAUCUUACUAGUUGCUAAUACAGUAAUACGUGAUCAAGGCUGAUCAAGACUAGACUACCCCCUCCCUCCUUUGAGUAGUCAUUUUUGUACGAGGGUCCCUCUUGUCUGUUUCGAUCUCCUUUAGUCCUCAUCAAGCCGACCCCCAUCGGUUUGUUUGCUAAAUACUAGGCCUAGCUAGUGCAGCGAAUGACAUUAACUGUAGACUGUAAAUUUGCCUUCUGAUGCUAGAAUCCUGCUCUUUCUUGUGAUGAGAA